AUGUGCAUAUCCGUUUUGACACAGGUACCAUUCCGACAGCCCGUCCGGGAGCAGUACGAUGUGGUGGCUUGUUUCAGUCCGCUAUUUCUGAACGAACACUGGCAGCUGUUGCUAACAAGUCUCGAAGUACGUCGGGCUCAUGGCCUAUCGCUACAGGUUUUCUACAUCUAUAGUAUACGGUCUCCACUUAUGGAUAUCCUGAGGGCGUAUGAAAAGCACGGAUUUGUGGCACUGGAAAAGUGGGCCCGCAUAGAUCUCGGUGACUCAGGCGGUCUGGACUACGAUCCGAAUUAUGAGCUGGUAUGGCGUAACCAGGAGGGUGCUCACACCGACUGCUUUCUUAAAUACAAGGUGACUCUCUACCUCCGCGGGACGUACUUAUCAAGCAAAAGAAGGCGAUGA